UAAAAACAUCUCGAAAGUGCCUUGUUCUAUCGCCUUGUCGUCGUGCAGCACUGGAAAACAACACUUCAACGUGGACGUGAGACGCAGAAACUCCAGGACCUUUUUGACGCCCUAAACUUUUGGAGAAGAGGCGCCCAGCCCGAGUCCUGCCCAAUCAAGUGCCAAGACCCACACCACUUCUGCUCCCAAAGCAGGAACCAUAGCUGUCUACCUCACAGCUCGACUUCGCAUCGAUUAAGUCGAACCCCAACACUCGGAACACGGCACAACGAACCCAGCCCCCAACGUCCUACAAGAGAGAUCCACUCUCACUCAAGGCCAGGAUGACAACCGCCCAGGAUAGCAACAGCGAGCAGUCUCGGAGUCCGACUACGACUUCGAACGGUGACACGCCCGCUUCUUCCAAUGCCGCUGCAUCCUCGAGCUCAUCCACCAAUGCUGGCGAGGAGAGCCUCACCUGACCACUUGUGCGAGAAGCAUGUUGGCAGAAAAAGCACAAACAACCUCAGCCUGACCUGCCAGUGGAAUGCCUGCCGUACUACUACUGUCAAGCGUGACCACAUUACUUCUCACAUCCGUGUUCACGUUCCUCUGAAGCCCCACAAGUGUGACUUCUGCGGGAAAUCCUUCAAGCGUCCCCAGGACUUGAAGAAGCACGUCAAGACCCAUGCAGACGAUAGUGUUCUGGUCAGGUCUCCUCCAGACCAGCAUGGUGGUUUAGCCGCUGCAUACGGCCGACCAGGACCGUCCAGCUUCUAUGACCAUAACGGACACCAGAUGCGGGCCCAACCUAAUGCCUUUGGACAGCCACAGCCUCCGCAUGCUGGUUACUAUGGACACGGCCCCACACAGGCCUAUGGCGCACCCAUUGGAUACUACCAGCAGCCCAUUCACAACCACCGCGCUGAGCCUCUCGGAUAUGGACACGGUUACGAUCGCAGGCGUGGCUACGAUGAUCUGAAUGACUUCUUCGGCCAGGCCAAGCGUAGGAGCCUUGAUCCUGGCAACUACAACCAGGUCGGGAGGUCCCUGAUGCCUCUGCACGGCGCCCUCGCUGUCCACACUGGAGGAAUGGGCACCCAGUAUAUGACCGCGGCACCAGCUCUCCCAGCUAUCGGAGGCCAGCCCUCGGCACAGAGCGCCCUGGACCAACACUACUAUCUUCCUCCGAUGCCCAAUCUGCGGACUAAGGGUGAUUUGGAGCAAAUCGACCAGAUAUUGGAGCAGAUGCAGAGCACUGUGUACGAGAACAGCGGUUCUCCUUCCACCUCGCACUACCCGUCAGCUUUCGACCUGCGUCAUCAGUCGCCAGUCUCCAGAGACAAUGUUGGGACCGCUCACUACGCCGUGUCUGCCGCACAGAUGCCCUCACCCCUGAGUGCUGUGUCUUCCACAACGAGCAGCAGCGCCGGCCACACCCCGCCUUCGAGCUCUCUGUCAUACACUGCUGGUCACUCGCCAGGAUCCACCACGGGCAUGUCUCCCGGGCAACGAAACGGGUCUUCUGCGUCUGUGGCAUAUCCAUCGCUGCCAGCUACUACCUCGUACGGCUCCUCAACCAUCAGCCUAGGCUCCACCUUCGCCCCCAACGACCAGCGUCGUCUGUCUGGUGGCAUGCUUCAGCGUGCUCGUGGAGCCCGCCGGGCUUCCGACGAGUCUGAGGGCGCCGUCACACCCAAGGCCGAACCGCAAUCGCCCGCUUCUUCUACAGACGACAACGACAGCACUGGCGAGCCAGAGUCCUACGAGGCUUGGCUCCAGAACGUUCGGGUGAUCGAGUAUCUGCGCGUGGCUAUCCAAGACCGCCUCAAGAGUCGCCAAUACGACUCGGACAGUGAGGGCGAGGACAACAUUGACCCUACAUUGAAGGCAGGAAAGGCUUCAGCCAAGAUAGAUGCGCCGCUGUAUCCUGCGCUGCCGGUGGAGGUUGAUGUUUGAACAAGAAUGUUUUAUCAGUAGUAUUGCAUUUGCAUGUCGCGGUUUGGGAAAGAGGGAGGGGUUGAUGGCGUUCGUACACCACUGCUGAGGCAGGUCAGAAAUACCGUUUAUGAUUGGAAUGAAAAGUCCACAAUUUCUUUAUUGAUGUUCUACAUAUACUCUGCUCCAUUGGUCCGAUUUCUCGUGCUUGUGAUUUUUCAUCUUGACAGCUUGGCAGGUGGCCAACAGUUGGUUCCAUAACCAUUACAAACUACUAUAUAUUGGGAAUUGUAACAAAGCUCUCCUCUCUUUUCCAUUGUUAAUAC